AUGCAGUUCUUUUCUCUUGGCCUUUUCACUAUUAUCUGUGGCUAUUCAUUGGUCAUUUCAGCUCCAGUUAAUCAAACUAUUGAAGAUUCACAAGAAACAAAACAUCAUAAAGUAACGGCAAUUGCUAGUCGUCUUUUGAAAGAAUUAACGAAUGAACAUCCUUCAAAUAAAAAACCAGAUAUUUCAAAUGAAAAUGAAAACAUCGGAUAUUUCAUAACAAUGAAUGAUUUAGAUGAUGAACAAUCUUCAUCAGAAAUAAUCGAUUUAGAUGGUAUUCUUGUUGAUAAUGAUAGAGAAUUAAUAAAAUAUUUACAACAACUAGAAUACUUCGAUGAAGAUUUAACCAGAAUGGUAAAUACGCCAAUAAUAGAUGGUAGUAUGAUGGAAAUAGAAAACCAUUAA